UUCGUCUUCCAGAUGUUGCUGUCGCUACUUUUACACUUGGCUUCUCAUCUGGUAAGUGCGUGGAGCUAAGUUUAAUCUGUUGCUUAUCCUAAUGGAAGCACUGUAGGGUCUCGGCAUGGAGCUCCAACGACAAGUAUAGGACCAUGGGACUGUGCCAUUUGAGCAGCGGCUCCAAAAACACUGGCGGCUUCGUCCAGGUCAGGGAGCUUCUUCUUUGCGUGGAGCAUCGCAUUGGAGCUGACAAACCGGGCCCAAGGAGCUUCACGCAGCAGCAGCACAGCCUUUGUCAUGUCAUCUUCAUUUCGAGGCCCGGCCAUUUACAAAAGCAACGAAGGAUUGCAGUCCAAGUACGCUUCUCUGCUGGAAGAGAUGGAAUUAACGAGCAGGAUUUCACGUAUGAAGCAGACCGGAGCAGGCCUUUGAGACUUGUAACUCGGCCUCUUCGCUCGGAAGAAUCGUCGCCUGAGUCCUUGCAAGAGAUUAGGCAGCUCAUCGGUAGCCGAGAAGUUUAUGUUCCGAGUGAGGCUGAGGAGGCCCAAAUACUAGAGCAAGUCUCAAGGAUAAAACAGCAAGCUUUAAGAGGAAGUCUGGCUGCAGCGCAUUCGGCAAUUCAGCAGUUGUAUGCAAAGUUUCCCAAUCACACUAGAGUUCUUGUUGAGUAUGCAUACAUUGAAGCGAGAAAAGGUAACCAAGCAGCUGCGGCAUCAUUGUUCUCCCGUGCCAUAACUAUCUUCGAAGAAACUGGCAACCUCAACUACGACUACGUGCUUACACUGCAAGGAUGGGGCUCCUCCGAAGCCAGAGCUUCCAAUUCGCUGAAAGCUCGAGUUUUGUUCGAGGAAUCCAUACGCGCAGCUGAAAAGCUGCAAGACCACUCCGAGCGAGCCAUCGUUUACGGCUUGCACGCGUGGGCUCUGGUGGAAGAUAAAGUUGGAAACUGGAGCCAGGCACGAGAGCUCUUGCAAAGAGCGGCAGCGAUUCAGCCCGGAAACGCUGUGGUCCAUCAGUCGAGAGCUCUCAUGGAAGCCCGCGCUCACAACUAUUCCUUGGCGCGCUCCAACUUUCGGCUGGCUGUCAAGGCGGACUCACACGAUGCAAAGUGCUGGCAGGCUUGGGCCUUGUUCGAGGCAAGCCAACGCAAGUUUCGAGAGAUGAGGCAGCUCUUCUACCGUGCUUAUCUCGUCAACACCAACGAUCUAUACACUCUCCAGGCAUGGGCUCAUCAAGAAGCGCUCAUUGGCACCACCAAGUCCAAGAACCGAGCUAGAAAAUUGUACCAACGAUGUGUGGAGAUCUCUCCAGAGAAUAUUUAUUCCUGGCAGUCGUGGGGUCUUUUGGAGGAGAGAUCGGGGAACCAUCAAGGUGCUCGAGUGCUUUACGAACAGGGCCUUCGGAUUGAUCCUUCGAGCGUUCCUUGUCUCCAAGCAUACGCUCGCCUGGAGAAAAGCCAGGGAAACAUUGAGACAUCCAGGAAACUAUUGCAAGCUGCUCGGAAGAUUGAUCCUCACAAUGCUCCAUCGCUCAUGGAAUCCGGCCUGAUCGAGCUUGAGCUCGGGAACAACGACGUCGCUCGCGAAUUUUUCAAGCGCGCGCGGAAGAUCGACAGGGAAAAGAGCCGUAUCAAGAAGCGGAUGUUCAUCUCGCGCAAGACAUCGAGGUUGCAAAGCCCGGGAAACACCGUCAAAUUCGAAAAUUUAAAUCCGAGGCAAGCAACGGUCUAGAUGGGCUUGCUGAGACGGACGGUUCACAGUAAAGAGCCUAGGAUAUACCCAUAAUUUGAAUUGCUCUUAAGCCCUAAAGGGCGCGGA